GAGUUAGGAAACUUAUUGUAGCUAUUUUUCCUUCCACGUUUCCAAUAUAUAAUGCACUUAGAGAUUACCUAUUCUCUUCCACAUUUGAAAUUUUCAUUGUCAGUAGGAAAAGUGGUUUUAUAAUACAGGAAUUCUGUAUCCUCAAGGCAGGGAAAGAUUUUAUUAGGAUCGUUGAUUAGACAUGUGAAGAAUGCUCACAUGGGCUUGAUACGUCUUCUGGUUUGCUAUAUUUGAAUUUCUGGGUGAAUAGGCUAUAAAUAACUGGUGAUUAAUUGAUAAUCCAUAUUUGUAAGGAACACUGAGACAUAAAGUUAGCACAGCGUAGUAGAAUACACCCUUGAGAGUUAAGCAGGUAGAUUCACAUCCCUUAAUCAGUCUGGAUUGUGGUUUUCUCAUUGAUGGAAUGGACAUGUUGACUUGGAGUUUGGGUUGAGUUCUAUCAUCGUUGAGGCAUUUAGGGUGAUAAUUCUACUUUUCUAGCCUUAGAAUUUGGUACCAAUUGAGAGAGAGAAAAAGAGUCAGACAAAUGUAGUUCAAAGUAACAGACCUAAUGCUGAUGGUUACAUUGGGUUGGAGAAUGUAACUUAGAUCUGUGGCCUUCUACAGUUGUUCUUAGUACAACCUCAUAUUUAGACUUUGGGCUUUUUGUUUGAGAGGGAGAGUUCGUUUGUGUAUAUAAAGCAAACACACACAUCUGAAUUGCUACCUUACGCCAUGUGGGCCCUGAUGGUGGAAACAGAGAGGUGGCUCUGUGGAUAUGAUAUGCCUUUGAAAGUUGAUCCCAUUAAGAUACUAAUGCCAUCACUGUCUCCUACAAUGGAAGAAGGGAACAUCGUGAAAUGGCUGAAAAAGGAAGGUGAAGCUGUGAGUGCUGGUGAUGCAUUAUGUGAAAUUGAGACUGACAAAGCCGUGGUUACCUUAGAUGCAAGUGAUGAUGGUAUCUUGGCCAAAAUAGUGGUUGAAGAAGGAACUAAAAAUAUACGACUAGGUUCACUAAUUGGCUUGAUAGUUGAAGAAGGAGAAGAUUGGAAACACGUUGAAAUUCCCAAAGAUGUAGGUCCUCCAUCGCCAGCUUCAAAACCAUCAGGGCCUCUCCCCUCUCCAGAACCACAGAUUUCUGUACCCAUCAAAAAGGAACACACACCCGGGACACUGCAGUUGCGUUUAAGCCCGGCUGCCCGCAACAUUCUGGAAAAGCAUGCACUGGAUGCCAGCCUGGGCACAGCUACCGGCCCUCGGGGGAUAUUCACUAAAGAGGAUGCUCUCAAACUGGUCCAGCUGAAACAGACGGGCAAGAUCACUGAGUCCAGACCCACCCCAGCCCCCGUAGCCACCCCCACAGCACCUUCACCCCCACCGGCCACAGCUGGGCCAUCUUAUCCUCGGCCGAUGUUCCCAGUAUCAACUCCUGGACAACCUAAUGCAGUGGGCACAUUCACUGAAAUCCCUGCUAGCACUAUUCGAAGAGUUAUUGCCAAGAGGUUAACUGAAUCUAAAAGUACUGUACCUCAUGCAUAUGCUACUGCUGACUGUGACGUUGGAGCUGUUUUAAAAGCUAGGCACGAUCUGGUCAAAGAUGACAUUAAAGUAUCAGUGAAUGAUUUUAUCAUCAAGGCAGCAGCUGUUACCCUUAAACAAAUGCCAGAUGUUAAUGUAAGCUGGGAUGGAGAAGGCCCAAAGCAGCUGCCCUUUAUUGACAUUUCAGUGGCUGUGGCAACAGAUAAAGGUUUAAUUACACCAAUCAUAAAAGAUGCUGCAGCUAAGGGUAUACGGGAAAUCGCUGACUCUGUAAAGGUACUGUCAAAGAAAGCAAGAGAUGGAAAAUUGUUACCUGAAGAAUACCAAGGAGGAUCUUUUAGUAUUUCCAACUUGGGGAUGUUUGGCAUCGAUGAAUUUACUGCAGUGAUCAACCCGCCUCAGGCCUGCAUCUUGGCUGUUGGUAGAUUUCGACCUGUGCUGAAGCUCACUGAGGAUGAAGAGGGGAAUGCCAAACUACAGCAGCGCCAGCUCAUAACAGUCACAAUGUCAAGUGACAGUCGAGUGGUCGAUGAUGAACUGGCAACCAGGUUUCUUGAAAGUUUUAAAGCCAACCUAGAGAAUCCUAUCCGACUUGCCUAGUCCUCGAAGAUGCGAAGUUGGUCUUUGACUUAGUUAAUUCAGUAGCUGUUACUAAGAAACAUAACAUUAUAGAAAAACAACCAGGUAUUUAAGUUUGAAGUAGAUGAACUGUUUAUUUAUUUAAGGUGAAAGCAUUUGACCCAAGUUAUCUUCAUUUUCAACUUGGGUUUAAUGGUGUAGAAAUAAAUGAUGAUAAACUACUAAAAGAAAGAGAACAUUUGGUUAGUCAGAUCCAUUUUUAACCUCUGGUGCUGUACAAAAGGGGUAUUAAAAACUAGAUGUAAAUCAAAUUAUAUAUUUGGCUCAUUAGAGCAUUUUAGAAUAUUUAAGAAUGUAUGAUACAUUGUAAAAUAAAAAAAUUGUUAGAACUCUACCUUAAUUGAGUUGAAGUAAGUGGUCUUCAGAGAGAUGCCCAUUAAUUUAGCAGUGAGACCUCACUUUUAUGAGCACUGCUCUAGAUAUACUUGAACAAUUUAAUAUGUACAGUUCUGGAUAAUAGUAAAUAAAUAAGGAUCACAUUGUAUUAGGGGUUUUGGCAACAUUACUGAAUUUUUUAUGUACAUAAAGUCAUAUGUUUUAGAGUGGUUUCUCUCAGUCUUAUAUUUCACUUCUGUAACACUGUGAACUUCUAAAGAGUGGAAGAAUAGAAUAACAGAAGCAAGAAUGAAGAGAGAGAGACAUUUCAAAAAAAUUGUGUAGUUUAAUGAAAAACUAUAGCUAAAAUAUGUAAACCUUUUGAAAUAAACUGCUUACCUUCAUCCUGAGUUGGAAUAUAUUUAAAUAAACUGUGUUAUCUUCUACCAA